AUGGAAAUAUGUAAGAUUAGAAGGGAAUCUUUUCAAAUUCUUGCAGCAGUGAUUGAGGAUCUCCUUGAGAGAUCUGCUGCUCAUUUCUCUAACGAAACCGAUCGCCUUGCUUUGCUUCACUUGAAACAUAUAAUAACCGACGAUCCUCUCCAUUCCAUGAGUUCUUGGAAUGAUACUCUUCACUUCCGCCACUGGAAAGGUGUCACGAUAAUCAAUCUCUCAAACAACAGCUUCCACGGCACGAUUCCUGAAGAGAUUGGCCGUUUGCAUUGCCUGCGAAAUAGUCUGAAAGGCAGCAUCCCGGAUGAACUCAGCCGGUUGAUAAUCUUGGAGCUUCUUAGCAUAAGUGAAAAUGAAGUUUCAGGUACAAUUCCGCCACUGCUAUACAAUCUCUCCUCUAUUAAGUGUUUGGACGUAGGAUGGAACAGAUUGCAAGGAAACCUUCCACCUAAUAUAGGCCUCACGCUUCCUAAUCUUCAACAGCUUUAUGUCGAAGGAAAUCAAUUCGCAGGACCCAUACCAGUUUCAUUAUCCAAUGCUCCGGGACUUUUACUUAUUAAACUCACCAACAACAAUUUUAGCGGAUCUGUGCCUAUGAAUUUUGGAAUCCUCAAGGGUCUCUCCAAAUUAUAUUUGGGGGGCAAUCGAAUUGGAAUUGGAAAAGCUCAUGAUUUGAGUUUUCUUGAUUCUUUGACCAAUUGCAGUAGCUUACAAGAAUUGGACAUAAGCUAUAAUCGUCUCAGCGGUGUGUUACCCGAAUCCAUGGGUAAUCUUUCAACUCAGCUGAGAAUACUAUGGUUAGGGAGUAACAUGAUAUUCGGAAGGAUCCCAUCUGGGAUUAAGAAUCUUGUUGGCUUAACAACACUGAGAAUGGAGUACAACUCUCUUACAGGUACUAUUCCCAUUGGUGUUGGGAAACUUAACAAAGUGAGACGACUUUCCUUGGGUGGGAAUGAAUUAUCAGGGGAAAUUCCAUCUUCCUUGGGCAAUAUCACCCAAUUGUACAUACUUGAUUUGUUUGGGAACAAUCUAUGGGGAACCGUACCUUCAAGCAUUGGAAAUUUUACAUUCUUGCAGUUUAUACAACUUGACAAUAAUAACUUGAGCGGUACCUUCCCCAGAUCACUUUUCAGCAUUCCCUCUUUGACUGAACUCCGUGUUGAAAGUAACUCCUUUACUGGCGAUCUUCCAUUCGAAGUCAGUUAUUCAAAUGCUCUUGGAAGAUUCAGUGUUUCUAAUAACAAAUUGUCAGGCGAAAUUCCAAGCUCGCUAGGCAAUUGUCUUGGUUUAGAGUAUCUUUGUUUGGAUGGGAACUUGUUUCAAGGAUCAAUUCCUCCAACAUUUGCUAAUCUAAAAGGCCUUCGACUCCUGGAUCUUUCACGCAACAACUUAUUGGGGAAGAUUCCAAGAUAUCUUGAGAAGUUUGUUCUAGAGUAUCUAAAUCUAUCCUUCAACAAUUUCGAGCGUGAAUUACCAAAACAAGGGGUCUUCGGAAAUAUCAGUCGAGUUUCAGUGGUGGGACUCUGUGGGGGUAUUCCAGGAUUACAAAUGCGUCCAUGCUCUAAACAGGGGAAGUCUCUUGCAUCGAAAGUAAAAAUCUCAAUAAUUGUUGUGGUGUGUCUAAUUUCUCUAUCAUGCUUCUUUACCACUCUUUCUUGGGUAAGAAAGUCAAGAAGGAAGCCUUGUUCUGUGCCUUCUAUGAAGAAUACUUAUAUUACCGUGUCUUAUGCGGAUCUCUUUAAAGCAACGGAUGGGUUCUCUUCUGCCAAUUUGGUUGGCACAGGGAGAACUGCUGCUAUGUAUAAAGGGUCUCUAGAUGGCUACAGAUAUGUAGUACCAGUGAAAGUCUUCAACCUCGAACGCCGAGGAGCUGUGAGGGGUUUCAUGGCCGAAUGCGAAACCAUGGGAAAUAUUAGGCAUCGGAAUAUUGUUAAGAUCGUAACAUGUUGCUCAAGCAUUGAUUUUAAGGGUAAUGAUUUUAAAGCUCUGGUUUAUGAGUACAUGCCCAAUGGAAGUCUAGACAAGUGGUUGCACAGAGAUGGCCAGGAACAGCUGCUGAGGAACUUGAACUUUCUCCAAAGGCUAAACAUAGUUAUAGAUGUGGCUUCUGCUUUGGAUUACCUAGACCAAACAUCAAUCAUUCAUCGUGAUCUAAAACCGAGCAACAUUCUUCUUGAUGAUGAUAUGGUGGCUCAUUUGGGCGAUUUCGGGCUUGCUAAGUUAUUCUCUGAGUUUGCUCAAACUAGGACGGUUGUGAUAACGGGAUCUGCUGGGUAUAUCGCUCCAGGUAUAAAAACUGCAUCAGUUAGAUGGAACUAUUAG